AUGUCCGAUCAGAUGCAGGUCGAUUCGCAUUCGACUUCAGGCAAUACGGCGGAUGCCUUUGGAACGGCAGAUAACAGCACGUCCCUUAUGAAUACCUCCACAGUUGCAAGUCCGGGCCCAAUAGAAGAUUCGGCUUCACAGGAUGGGGAUCGUCCACGUCAAAGGGAUGAAAUGGACUUGCAGGAUGCAAGUAACAAGUCCUUCUCUUACCCUAUGCCGACGGCAGGUCUCGGUGAUCCCCGUCGUGGCCUGAGCUUACCAGGCUCUGGAUUCAAUAAAGCUGGCCAGCGAUCACCAUCGGCUAAAAAGCACCGUUGCCCAUACUGUUCUACCGAAUUCACAAGGCAUCAUAAUCUCAAAAGCCACCUUCUUACCCAUAGUCAAGAGAAACCGUACGUGUGCCAGACUUGCCAAUCACGCUUCCGAAGACUUCACGACUUGAAAAGACACACAAAACUCCACACCGGAGAGCGUCCACACAUCUGCCCCAAAUGCGGGCGUCGAUUUGCUCGUGGAGACGCUCUCGCUCGACAUAAUAAAGGGCAAGGUGGAUGCGCCGGUCGUCGGGCGAGCAUGGGAAGUUACGCUCCUGAAGAUGAAUACGGCGACGCUGGUGGUCAUCCAGGUGCGGAGGAUACGAUGGAUGGCCUCGUCUAUGCAGAGCCCGAGCGUAUGGAUGAAGAGGACGAACGUCGCAUGAGCAUGCCGAGCAUUAAAAAGCAUGAUAUUCCCACAGAGUCGAUCACACGAUCCAAUACCGCAAAUAGUUAUCAACCGCGGCAGCCGAGCACUUAUCCCCCGAUUGCCGCUGGCAGGCCAUCUCCAGGGGGCCUUUUCCCGCCUCCUGCGAGUCAUGGCGGCUCCAGCGCAUCAGCGUCCCCCAUCUCGCAGCCCGGUAACUUGACAUUUCCACCUCCUGGCCAGCAUUCCGGAGCCUCAAUAUUCCAACCAUCAAAUGUCACCGAAAGCCCAAAGCCACUUUCACCCAAUGCACUACCUUCGCACCAGCUCGGCCAUGGCCCUGAACUUCAUCGCGCUCACUCUCCAGGCAUGUCGCAGUCAUUCCAGCAACAAUCGUAUAACAGGUCGGGGUCUUCUCAGGCAUCUGUUGCAAAUCAUACCGCCGGUAGCUUAGGCCUUCCCCCGCCACAGCCUGGUGCUCCUCAGCUUCCUCCACCGCCUGGAAUGAAUACCUCAGAUUCUCGCUUUACAAUUCACCCUCAGGGCUCUGUGCAACCACCACCGGCCGCUACGAAACAUACCCCAUCCCACAGCCAUUCUAGCAACCAUAACGGGCCUCUGGCGUCCAAACCAGGUCCGGAGGUGACCGCAAAUAAUAAUGGGCAUCUUCCAGGACCACAUGACUCCAAUUAUGCUGAUCAGAAUCGUGAGCGAGAGGAUAAGUUAUGGGCAUAUAUCCGUUCUGUUCAUGAAGAACUAGCAGGAUUGAAGACCGAAGUGCCACACAACCUCAGGUUGAGCCGAGCACUGUGGGUGCAAGCCAACGGCAUCCGGUUGAUGAUGAUGACUGUUGAUUAUCUUCUUGACAUAUAA